AUGGCCAUCGAAUUAUGCCCACUCCCCCUACCAGUUUCUGCCGACGCGGCCAUGCUUGCUGAUUUCGGCCGUGAAGUCAAGGGUGUUAACCCUGCUGAAAUGACCCCAGAGCAGUUCAAAGAGAUUGAGGAGGCAUUAUAUAAGCACGGUGCUCUCUUGUUUAGGAACGCAAAGGUUUCUUCAGAGCAGCAGUAUAAAUUCACAAAGGCUUUCGACCCCCAAUCUGAGAGCUAUGGGCACGGAAACAACAAAACAGGGGAAACCAAAAAAUCUAUUCUCCAUCCUGACCUCAAAACGAUCCCUUCCGUUCCACAAGUGCAGCUGAUCGGCAAUGGAACCGUCUAUAACCACGAAGGGCUUGCCGAGGCGAAGCUCAAACACCCCAGCCACACUACUUUCCACAAAACCAAAGUCUCCCCCGAAGAUGAAGCCAAAGGCCACACGCGCUUCUACCGCUGGCACAUUGAUGCUGCCUUAUACGACCUCAACCCCCCGCGUGUGACGACGCUCUAUGGCAUCACUGUGCCGCAGGGCCCGAAGCAGGUGUGCAGGUAUGACGAUGGUACGGGGGAUGAGCUCGAGGUGCCUUUAGGAACGACCGCAUUCGUUUCGGGGAAGGUGAUGUUUGAUAUUUUGCCGAAGGAGCUAAAGAGCCUGGCUGUACGCGCGAAGGUCAGGUAUGCGCCGCACCCCUAUGUUUGGAUGGCCCCGGCCAAUGCGAUGUCAACUGGUCUUGGUAUCGAGUCGGAGGGCCUUGAGUUGCCUUUGGAGGAGCUGCCUGAAUUCGAGGAAUCGAAGAUCAAGACGCUGCCAAUUCUUUGGAAGAACCCUGUGACUGGGGAUCUCCACUUCCAAGUACACCCCUGCGGAGUCAAGGAGCUGCUUAUCGACCCUCUUCCAGAAGGCGCAAGCCGCGAAGGUGCUUUGUACCCCGACGGCGCGCACCUGACAGAGCUGAAGGAGGUCCGAGGUCUCCUUUACAAAAUGCAACGACCUGCGAUCACUCCUUCUCUGGUGUAUCCACACGACUGGCGCGAAGACGACUUUGUGGUCUUCCACAACCGCGGAGUUCUGCACACUGUCGUCGGUGCAUUUGCCCCUGACCAGGUGCGCGCGUUCCACCAGUGCAACCUCGCUGCAUCGGAUGAGCCCGUGGGCCCUUCAGCCGAAGACGUCAAAACCUAUGCUUGA